GCUUUGCGCGCUACCAGGCAGGAAGCUGCUGUGGUGCAGCGUUCUGUUACUAUGGUAACAGAGUUUGCGUCGGCUAGCAACGCCGAACGAACGUAGCAUUUUAAGCUAGUUCUUGUAGUUAUAAACACAAAGAAGGUCCGAGAUGAGCACCGUGACUCCACCGGACGGCGGUCGGGAGGAGGAGACUGUGACCGUGAGGAGGAGCGAGUCGGCGGACGCGCAGGGCAUCGACAGCCUCAUCAGCCCCGAGGCCGCGGAGCUCUUCGGGAGUGUCAAUGUGCUGCAGCUUCUAGAGAAAGCCAACCUGGCCGUGACCGUGGCCAACGAAGAGGACGACAUCGUGGCCCACGCUUCCUUCCUCGAUCACCCCGUCGGAGAGUUGGUGGAUCAGGCUGACUGGGAACUUUUCCUGCACCAAAACUUCAGCACUGAAUCCUGCACGCCUCUGAACACACUCUUCCUCCACCUUUUCGUGGCACAGCCGACUUUCGCGACGGCAAGUGUGAAGGCGAUAAUGAGGGCUGUCUUUAACGCCAUCCCAGAGCUCGAACACAUCUGCCUGGUCGGCCCAAACGUCCAACCUUUAGAGCCGGCGCUGAACGACACGUUUGAGCCGCUGCAGCGCCUCACUGACCCGGGGCCGCAGUGCUUAGCGUUGAUCUGCCACCGGCGGCAGCACUUUCCCAGACUUCACAUCCGCCCGGCCAGGGUGGAGGAUCAUGACGACAUCAUGCGCAUGUUUAAAGAGCAGACGAGCCUGUUGUCGGUCUUCGAUCAGCCGUACCUGCUGACGGAACUCAUCGAAGCUCAGCAUGAAGACAAUCCCACCGCUGUUUGUGAGAUUGGCGGAGUCACUGUCGGCUUCAUCUGCGUCACCACUGACGUGGACAUGCAGAAGCUGCGCGGCGGCUUCGAGCUCGGCGACUUCGACGCUCUGCACGAACCGCAGCAAAGCGACGACGAAGACGAACCGAGAUGGACCCAAACGUCAGAAAAGCAGGAGGAGACUCGGUCGACCGGAGCCGGAAGGUUUUCAGAGGAACUCGACGCUUUCAGCAUUCAGCUUUUUGUUAUGGACAAGAAAUAUGAAAUGAGAUCCGUGGACUUUAUUCCAUAUCUGUUCAAACUUUUCCCUGACCUGGACCUCUGCGUCAUCACUGCUCCGACUCUUUCCCCGGAGUUCCCAUUGCUGCAGAGCUUCAUCCGGUUGGAGCCGCGAGCCGCCGGCUCUCUGCUUCGUGAGCUCUACGUUUUCCACCGCGUUGGUCUCAGGCCGGUGGAGGUGAGGGCGGCAGUGGCUGCCGACCGGCCGGCCGUCUCUGACCUGGUGAAGGACCUGGCGCUGAGCGAGUCGCUGCUGCACGACCUGGACUGUUACUACGCGAGUGACACGGACGCCGUGCGGCUGCAGGCCUUCGUGGCUGAGGUGGACGCUCAGGUCGUCGGGACGCUGAUCAUCAGAGACGAGCAGGACAUGGAGUACGUCCGCGCCCACUACAACAUCGAGAACUUCAUCUACUUCAGCCACCACGGCGCCGAGGAGCACGCUCGGAUCCGCCACUUCGUCCUCAGACGCUGCGUCCAGCACUUCACCAGACACUUGUUCAAGGAGGUUCUGCGUCUGGCCCACAGGUCCUGCCUGUACCACCGGGUCCACCCGGCCCACCACCGCCAGCAAGAGGAUUCCUGCGUCCAUCAUCUGGAUUUCCUCCUCAACUGUGCGGUUCCCGUGCGCCCGCGACGCCAGAUCAUCUUCCCGCUGGAGGAGCUCGGCGUCAACGCCCCGUCCAGGCAGAUCACCGAGCACCAGGCACCGUUCGCCCUCUGCCUCAUCAGCAGGAAGUUGACCCUGGAGCCCAAGGUCACCGUCAACGCCCGGGUCGUGGUGGUGGGGGCGUCGGACACGGGCUUGUCUUUCCUGGAGGUGCUCUGCUUGUGCCCUCACCUGAGGUUCAACAACCUGACCCUCGUCUCCACGCACGGUUUCCCCGGCGACUACGACCACGAGGACGGCGCUUUUCUGUCCACAAGUCACGCGUACAGCGGCCGAGACCUGGCCCGGCUGCCACUGCGCGCCUGCGUCAGCGUGGUGACGGGCAAGAUGGUGGGCAUCAACAGGAAGUCCAAGCACGUGCUGGCGUCGGGUGGUGCCAAGGUGCCCUACGACCACCUGGUCCUGUGCACGGGCCUGCAGUACCGGGCUCCCUGUCCCAGGAGUGUGGAUGUGACCCGGCCGGUCUCCAACAGCGAGCUGCAGAGUCGGGCGGCUCGCCGCGGACACGCGGGGCCCGUUCUCUCCAACCUCCUGACCCUCAACGACCUGGACGACUGUGCGGCUGCUCGCCGCUGGCUCGGCGCCAACUUUGUGAAGCGGGAGGACAACGCCGUCGUGUACGGAAACAACAUCGACGUCUACGCCACCGUGGAGGCUUUGCUCGGCCUCGGCGUCCGUGGGUCUCGUAUCCACGUGGUCCUGCCGCCGCCCGAGCCCGGAGCAGCCUCCUCCUCCUGCUUCAGCGACCCCGUGGUGGAGGAGGCCGUGGCGUCGGCCACGGAGAGGGCCGACGUCCAGGUCCACCGCAACUGCCUACUGGUCUCCAUGAAAACCGGCAAACAGCCCGAAGCUCUCAGGUCGGCGUCGUUCACCACCGACGCGAAGCCUCUUCAUCUGCAGUGCGCCGUGUUCAUCAACCUCUCCAACAGAGGAGUCGACUACGACGCCUUCAAGAGCGUCAACGGCUCCUUCCUGGUCUUCGACAGCAGACUCGUCAUAGACGCCACGUUCCGCACCAGCGACUCGGCCAUCUACGGCGCCGGACCCGUCACCAAGUUCUCCCGCUGCUACCACUCGGAGGAGUGGUCGCACGCCAACUUCAACUCCAAGGAGGUGGGCCAGGAUCUGGCGGCCACGAUGCUGCCGCUCUUCGACCCGACGCGGGAGCUGGCGGACGAGCAACCGCCCGAGGAGGGUCGUCUGGUGCCGCUGUACAGACGGGCCAAGGUCCAAGGUGCGAAGCUUCCUGGAGGAUUUCACUACCUGCACGUCACCAAACCGUCUGCAACCGACACGACACCUACGACUCCUGCUGAACACGAGUCACAGGACAGAGAGUUCGUGACCGGACGGCCGGAGACGGGGAACUACUUCUGUCUGCACCUGGACGGCUACGAGCUGGUGGAGACGCUCACCUGCCUCUCCCUGACGCCCCUCCCCGUCUCCAACUACCUGAGCCUGUACGGGAAGCACCAGCAGCUGCUGGGCCAGCUGUCGAGCCGCUACCGGGAGGGCCUGAUCCGCGACCUGUACAGGUUGUUCAGACAGAGCUGGUGUUUGGCCGUUUGUCACGACAGAUUCUCCGACUUUGAGCAGGAGAUUCAGCAAAUCACGUCAAAUCAACAGGACGACGAGUCGACGCAGCGGACGAUGACGACGGACGACGACGAGAGUCGAGCUGCUCUGAGGAACAGCGCCGUGAAAUAUCUGAGCUACAACAGGAACCUGCUGCCCAUGUUCGCCUGCACGGGACGACUGUGACCCGACGGCCUCGCCUGCACUCGUUCACCAAGGUUCUGAUCCCGGUUACGUGUGGAACGCACACACACACACACACACGCUCACACACACACACACACACACACAAACACACACACAAACACACGCACACACACAAACACAC